CUAGCCCCGCGGUUUCGUCCGGUUCCGGGUCAGGAGUGUGUUUCCCAGUCGGAAGGACAUGAGCGACGCACCAGCUGCUCCUGUCUGAUGCAAUGGAGUCACUCUCUUUGGCCAAGAGGCGCUGAAGGAAGAAGUCGGUCCCGCCGAGAGACAGAGUACUCUGGGUUCUUUUCAUUUUUAUGAAUAAAAAGACAUUGCAGAACACAUUAGAAACUGAAAAUACAAAAGAGCCUUGACACUCCUGAAAAUGGCAGAUGUUCAAAUUGGUGAUUUUUGCUCUCUUAAUCCACUGGAACUCUUUCAACAAGUAACCGAACAAGGAGAAAAAGUCAGGUCAUUGAAGGCUGAGAAAGCACCAAAGGAUGAAAUUGAUGCAGCAGUUAAGUUAUUGUUAUCUUUAAAAAUGAACUACAAAACAGCAACAGGCCAAGAAUAUAAAGCAAGUUCCCCUCCAGCAGAUUUCGCUCCAGUCAGUAAUGGUCCAGGUGAUGCUGAAGAUGAUGAUUUUGUUGACCCUUGGACAGUGCAGACAUCUAAUGCGAAAGGAGUUGAUUAUGACAAACUUAUUGUUCGAUUUGGCAGCAGCAAAAUUGAUAAAGACCUCAUCAAUAGAAUUGAGAGAAUUACAGGGCAUAAACCACAUCACUUCCUGCGCAGAGGCAUUUUCUUUUCUCAUAGAGAUAUGAAUCAAAUUCUUGACGCAUAUGAAAAUAAGAAGCCAUUUUAUCUUUACACUGGCAGAGGUCCUUCAUCUGAGGCAAUGCAUGUUGGCCAUCUUAUCCCGUUUAUUUUUACAAAGUGGUUGCAAGAAGUAUUCAGUGUUCCUCUAGUUAUACAACUGACUGAUGAUGAAAAGUAUCUCUGGAAAGAUCUAACAGUUGAGAAAGCUUACCAGUAUGCUAUAGAAAACAUCAAGGACAUUAUAGCCUGUGGAUUUGAUAUCAAUAAAACCUUCAUAUUCUCUGAUCUCCAUUAUUUGGGGUUGAGCCCAGGCUUCUACAAGAAUAUUGUUAAAAUUCAAAAGCAUGUUACAUUCAACCAAGUGAAAGGAAUCUUUGGUUUUACAGACAGCGACUGCAUAGGUAAGAUUAGUUUUCCUGCUAUUCAAGCAGCUCCAUCUUUCAGUACAUCAUUUCCACAUAUCUUCAACAAUAGGGAGGACAUUCAGUGUCUGAUCCCAUGUGCAAUUGAUCAGGAUCCCUAUUUCAGAAUGACAAGGGAUGUGGCCCCUCGGAUUGGCUACCCCAAGCCAGCAUUGCUCCAUUCUGUCUUCUUUCCAGCCUUGCAGGGAGCACAGACAAAAAUGAGUGCUAGCGACCCCAACUCAUCUAUUUUUCUCACUGAUACACCCAAGCAAAUUAAAACCAAGAUCAAUAAGCAUGCCUUCUCUGGUGGCAAAGACACUAUUGAAGAGCACAGGAAGUAUGGAGGCAACUGUGAAGUAGAUGUAUCUUACAUGUACCUCACCUUCUUCCUUGAAGAUGAUGACAGAUUGGAACAAAUUAAACAGGCCUAUACAAGUGGAGCACUACUGACAGGAGAACUGAAGAAGACACUGAUUGAAACACUUCAGCCCAUGAUUGCAGCUCACCAGCAAAGGCGAAAGCAGGUCACAGAUGAAAUGGUGAAGGAAUUCAUGACUCCGCGAAAGCUAGCUUUUGAUUUUUAAUCCUAGAAGUGCAUGUUAAUUUAUCGGUAGAUUCAGAACAAAAUGGAUUGAUGCUAUCAUACCCUGUUAUAUGUCACCUUUCUGCGAUGACGUCUGGGUUGAAGUCAGGGUUACUUCAAACAAUUUACUUACAAAGUUUUCUUCCAUGUGUGUCAACAGUUGUUUGGGAAAACAUCGUUUAUGAAUUUGAAAGAACCAUCCAUAAGUUACAGACAUUUGUAGGUUAGCUGGAUAACUUGGUCAUCUAGAAAAGAUUGUUCAAUAAUAGACUGCUCAUCAACAGAAGUACCUUGAUCUGUGGAAUAUGUUAUUAGCAAAAAUGUUAACAUUACAUCAGUAAAGAUUUCCGUGUAAUGCCAAAUUCUACAGCCUUGAGAUCUCUGUUGGCAUGCUUUUAUAUCCACUAGGAGUUCCUGAUUUAAAGAUAAUCUUACCUCUUUGGUACAGUUUGUUCCUGUUCCUCUUUAUUUUUCAGAUUACAGUGGUCUUAACUGUAUAAUCAUCAUCUCUCAAGUCAUGGUAUAUUUGUGUGUUUCACAAGGGCAUUCAUAAGUAUGUUCAUGUUUACUAUUUAAAUCAUAAAACAGGUGAAUAUUCUUCUGAAAAGCACUUUUCUGAGAUAUAUGCAGGGUGUGCUGAAUUUGAUAGUAGAAUCUGGGAUUUGGCAAAGUACUAUUCUACCCUAUGUAACAGGAUAAAUAAUAAUAACUGUUUCUUCUCAGGAGCAGCAUGGGAUGGUGAGGUAUUAUCUCUGCAGAUGCAAGAUAUAUAAGAUACAAAAUGCCUGUAUCAUAACUGAAGAUAGCCAGGCUAGGCUGUGAAAUAGUGACAUACCUCCUGAACAAAGGAAAUUGUUCAUUUUGCUGUUUUUAUGUAAUUGUUAGGAUUAAGAGUAACAUGUCUCUCCUGAUGUUUGUUUAAUUCUCCAGCAAGACAUCAUCCACCUCAUUGUGUAUAUUAAGCUUACAACAGGCUUGCAGUGGGAAGUGAAGUAAAGUUUACAUUUUUCUUUGUAGUAAACAUUGAGAAUUAGAACCAGCCUGAAUACACAGUUCAGCAGAACACCUCUUGCCCAAUUCUUACUUAAAUUGGAUAGAAUUUAUGAGAUAUAUACAUGACAUGAUGAGGUAGGACAAUAAUCUAUGUGACAGGGCUUCCAUACUGACUUCUAAAUCUAAUAGUAAAAAUCCACAAUAUGUUUGCCAUAAGGUUGCCAUAAGAUGAAACCAUUUGAGGGGCACACAACAACAAAGGCUCAAUGUAUUAUAUUCUAAGAAGCUAGAAACUGUAAUCUACUUUUAACAUCAUUCUAAAUAGGUUCUAAUCUGACCAAUCUGGAAGUGUGUUUAGAAUUCUGUAUUAAUUUAAGUACUUCUUACUCAGAGUUCUGGAGCUCAUGAACAGGGGAACAACAAUCUUAGCUUAAGUUUGGUAGAAGAGAAUAGAAUUUCUCUCUGCUCUAGCAGUUAAAGUAAAUACAGCUCAAUUUUACCUUUCAAUUUCAUUUCUGUCUUUAUUAUUUCCAGUUGUCCCAAACCAAUGUUCAUACUUGAGGAUAGCAAGUAGUCUACUAAAAAGUCCCCAAAAUAAAUCACAGAAUUUGUUUCAUAAGAAAGGUGGUAUAAAAAUUAGAGUUUGGCUGAUAGCUCUGUGGACUCUUUCCUGAUUUUAACAAAAUAAGUGUUACUUGCACUGAAUUCAAGAGAGCCGUUUGAUACUGAGCAUUUCCCUGAUAAAUUAAUUGAAGUACAUUCAGUUGGGCUUGGUAUAGAUACUAAAACUGUAUGCAUGUAGUGAUUAGGAUUGUGUUUGUCAGUCAUCUACACAAGAGGGGAUAAUUUGUGCCCCUCCAGUCCAAUUUGUUCAACUGUCUCUCACUAUUGGCUUUACUGCUUAGGGCUGAUGGGACACAAAUUGCCCAUUACUGCUUUGCAAAUUUCCCAUAACAUUUACAUACAGCCCAGUGAACCCAAGUACAAUAUGAACAAUCUGUAUACCAAAAGGUAGAGGUGGGAUGAUCCCAUAGGUUGGACAUAUACCUUAACCUUUGUGUGUAGUCUCUUUGGGUUGUAGGUACAUUGACAGGGAAAACAGGUGCAAUCCAGCCUAAACACUGGAACCCAUAUGAUUUUGUAAACUAACUAGGAUUGGACCUAGUUAGUAUUACGGAUAAAAGGGAUCUUUAGACUGCUCUAGGAAAGAAUCCUGCCUUAAACUACUAGAGGAAGGGGGAUGCCACCAGUCAGAAUGAACAAUAUUGAUGGAUGGAUCCAUAGUCUGACUCAGUAGUGUAAGUCAGCUUCUUAAGUUGCUUCAUCUUUGUUAGAUGUACAGUCUGAGUAUCUUGGAGGAACUAUUGUAUAACACAGCUGUCUUCUUUGGACCUUCAUGCUGAGUUUGAUUAAUGUCCUGCAUUCCUUUUUUGAGCCCCAUAGAAUUUGACUCCAUGGGGCAGACUUAAUAGGCUUGCUAGUUUGGUGCCCAUAUAGUUGCAGAUUGAUUCCUGUGCUCCUUCCCCCAGGCCAAGAAGGAGUCAUGUCUGUUUCAUAAAGCCCCUACAUGGGAUUUGGAGAACUUACACUUCACAGGUCAGACUCACCCUGCAGGAGAUCCCACAAAUUUCUUCUCUUGUUUCUCUGUUCUGUGAUAAGAGUUCAUUCAAAACCUGGGAAGUAGUUGCAUGAUAGUGAGCUGUGCUUUGCAGCCUAUAAGGCUACUACUGACUUCUGAGCUGUGCCUUAUAGCCCAGGAAGCUGUUGCUUAAUAAUGAACAGAGUUUGGUAGAACUGUGUCCAAAGAAACACACCUAUCCCAUCCAUUCCAGGAAUGUGCCUCCUCCAAAAUCGCCACAUUAGAAUUCAGACUUUAUGCCCCCCCCAAAAAAAAAACCCCAUUUGUACUAUCACAGAAUCAUAGAAUUGCCAGAAUCCAUAAGGGCAAUCCAGUCCAACCUGCUGCCAUGCAGGAAUACACAAUAAAAGCAGUCCUUUCACACUCUACUGAGUCAUAAUGAAUUGGAGCUUAUGAUACUGGGUAGCAUUCCUGAAGCCUGUAAAGUUCCGUUUUCCACAUUCUGAUCCACUGAACUGGGACAGACAUACACCGGCCAUGUAACUGGAUGCUUCGGAGGGGGUAGAGAUCCUUACUGAUAGACAUCCUGAUGCAUGUGACUAGCUGCUUUUGGAUAUAGAUAGCUGGACCACAUGGAACUUAUCUGAUUCAGGACACUAAUGCUCAAGAAAGUAUCACAUGAAGGUUCAGAUCUGAAGCACACAUAAUAGUGCAUCUAUCCUGCAUGAUAUGCAUUGAGAGCACACUCUGCCAUUGUGCUGCUUCCAUGCUUUAAGUGCUAAUUAGUUUUAAAAUGAUGUGUAACAAAGAUUUAUGUGGAUAGAAAUUUACAAUUACAAUCUUGUAACCUGCCGUAAGUCAAUAAAAUGGAUCAUGAUGUCAGAAGCAUACAACUGUUGAGAUAAAAAUAAAACAUUGCUUUUCAAAAGGACCAAGUCAGAAGGGUGACACAGAAGUCAGCCCUGCUCAGACAUCUUGCAGGGCGGCUUGGUCAUACUGAUGUAAAAUGAAUUGUUUGUGAAUGAUGCAUAACAGCUGUACAAACCAAAACCACACACAAUAAAAACUGGGAGAUCUUACAGAA